AGUCCGAUCAGCAGUGCACGACGGGGACAUUGGAUCAGACAACAGAUUGAGCCCUGCGAUUUACCGCACAACCUCUAAAGUGAGCGCAACGAUAAUGCGCACAGAAUUGAGUACAUUUUGUUUUGGAAACAUGUUUUAUAAGCACGCAUGCUGUACGAGAUUAUUUUGCCACAGCUAUGUGAUGUUCAUUUAUCAAACACGAUCAAGGCUUAUAAGGCAGUUCCGUAAAUACUUCAGUUUUAGGAAGAAAUAUCUCAGUCAUCAAUAUGACGUCCGAUUCUUUUAUUGAGGGGAACAAAGUGUGCAGUUUCCUUAGGCGAUAGUGUCUUCGUUUUGGAUACGAUCAUCGUAGUCAGUGUUUACGAUAUAUUUAGAAAAAAAACUACGUAAGAGUCCAAGUGGCGUCUUAAGAGCAAAAUGAUCAGCAUCAACUAGUUAUUGUUAAUUGGCUAGUGCCGUAUUUUAAAACAAGCAGAGCUAGUUGAGCUCUCUACCAAGAUGGCAUCCGGGGAGCCGCUGUGCAUGAUGGGUAUGACUCUGUCAGGGAAAUAGUUGAAACUCCUCGGAAUACGCGUCAGGGAUUAAAGGAGCAGCUUGAGGGACAUCACACGGAACCAUCAUUUUGACCAGGGGUGUGGCACGGUGGGGGCGCCAUGUUGUCGGGGGAGGAGAUCCUGUCCAGCACGCGGCAGGUGAUUGCGGGCCUGGAGGCGCUACGGGGCGAGAACCACACCCUCCUGGACAGCCUGCAGGAGGCGCUGCAGAGCCAGCCGUCUGUGGAGAGCGGCAGUGUGGAGCAGGAGAAGACCAGCAUUAUCCAGGAGUCCCUAGAGAGGAUCGAGCUGGGUCUCGGAGAGGCACAGGUGAUGAUGGCCCUGUCGGCCCACCUGGGCUCGCUGGAGGCGGAGAAGCAGAAGCUGCGGACGCAGGUGCGGCGGCUCUGCCAGGAGAACCAGUGGCUGCGGGACGAGCUGGCAGCAACGCAGCUGCGACUGCAGGAGCGCGAGCAGGAGCUGGUCACCCUGGAGGAGCAGAACCGCCACCUGCAGUUCAUGAACAGCAUCCGCAAAUACGACCAGGAGGAGCCGCCGCUGGAUGACAAAGAAACUGCCACUGCCAAGGAGUCCCUGGAUGACCUCUUUCCUGCUGAUGAGGAGGAGCCGUCGCAGAUCUCUCAUCAGCACAGCAGUGCAGCAGCGGCUGCCCAGCAGGGGGGCUACGAGAUCCCGGCCCGCCUGCGAACUCUUCACAACCUGGUGAUCCAGUACGCCUCCCAGGGCAGGUACGAGGUGGCCGUGCCCCUCUGCAAGCAGGCCCUGGAGGACCUGGAGAAGUCCUCAGGUCACACCCACCCUGACGUAGCCACCAUGCUCAACAUCUUGGCUCUUGUAUACAGAGACCAGAACAAGUAUAAAGAGGCGGCCAACCUGCUGAACGAUGCCCUCGCCAUCCGAGAGAAGACCCUGGGUGUGGAUCACCCCGCGGUGGCAGCCACUCUGAAUAACCUCGCGGUGCUGUAUGGCAAGAGGGGGAAGUACAAGGAGGCUGAGCCUCUGUGCAAGAGGGCCCUGGAGAUCAGAGAGAAGGUGCUGGGCACUGAUCACCCGGAUGUGGCCAAGCAGCUGAACAACCUGGCCCUGCUGUGCCAGAACCAGGGCAAGUACCAGGAGGUGGAGCAGUACUACGAGCGCGCCCUGCACAUCUACCAGAGCCGGCUGGGCCCAGACGACGCCAACGUGGCCAAGACCAAGAACAACCUGGCCUCAUGUUACCUUAAACAGGGGAAGUACAGACAGGCUGAAGCCCUGUACAAGGAGAUCCUCACGCGAGCCCAUGAGAAGGAGUUUGGAUCUGUGGAAGGGGAUGGGCGUCCGAUCUGGAUCCACACAGAGGAAGGCAGCUCCCGGCAGGAUGGGUUCGGUGGUCUGAAGCGCAGUGGCUCCUUCACUAAGCUCAGGGAGUCCAUCAGGAGGAGCAGUGAGAAGCUGGUGAGGAAGCUGAAGGGGGUGGGGGCGCAGGAUGGCACCCCCCGGGCUCCAGGGAUGAAGAGAGCCAAUUCCCUUAAUGUGCUGAAUGUCGGGGUGAGAGAGAGCCAGGAUGCAGCUCAGAAGGCUAACACUCUCACAGAAACCCGAGGCCUCAGUUCCAGCACCCAAAGUCUGGCCCGUCGGGGGUCCCUCAGUGGAACUAGCUAAUACUGCAUUCGUUCCCUAACCUCUGACAUUUGACUUUUCCACCGUCUACUCCUUUGCACCAAGCUCAAGACCUGCUGGGCCAUCCCCCAUCCGUUUGUCUAACUGGGCUGGCCCCACUUCAGUCCGAAUCCAGCAUUUCUCUUAUGCCAGCAGCCCUCCUUGAUUCCCAGUGCGUGCGUAAACACACACACACACACACACACACACACUCCUUUGGCUUGUGUGUGAGUGUUUUGAGUUGGUUCCUACAAGAACAGCAACUGAUGUUAGAUACAGCUAAUCCAUUUUAGACCAUUUACUAAAUCGUAAGUAGAAUUUAGGGAACGAAGACAAUCCAUUAAGAUUUAAAAAUAUUUUUGGAGUAUGUUUUCAUAGCUGGUAGGGAAGGUAAGCCAGUCAGCCUGCUUGAAGUUUUGAAGAUGUUGAAAAUGUAAUUAAUACUUUUAAAAUAUUUAUUUAGAAAUAUUUAUGUAAUGUUAAAUAUUCUGAACACACUACAUAACAGUGUAUAAAUAAACCCAGAAACAGAAGAAUCCAAAAGAUUGCACUACCUUUAACUCAAUAUGCUGAAGAUGAAAUUUGGGUUCCAAUUUUAUAUUUUUUAAAUAAUUACAGAAGGGACACCGAUUUACAACUCAAAAGGACCUCAGACAAUGGCUCCACAUUCCAUUUUGUUUCAUGAUGUGACCAAAUCUCUGUUGUUGUGUCAAAGGAAACAUAUCUGGACAAUCGUUAACCAUAAUUGCGGUAAAUGUACCAAACUCAAUAUUCUGACCAAUUCUUCAUUUAGGUCUUUGGAAUUCACACAAGAUGAAGGGUAAUAUAUUAUCAAAUAUAUAUGUGUUUUUCUUGUUUUCUUUUUUUUUUUUUUUACAAAAAAAUGAUAUGAGCUGCACAUUUUGAAGAGAAAUCAUGGAAUCAGAGAAAUUAAUCUUGUGUCUAGUAUUUUGUAUUUUGUAUCUACUCUGCACUAGUGCAGUUUUAGGUUAAUACAGUACUGCCUUAAGCACUUUGCAGCAAAUAAGUGUGUAUAUCAAUUUUAAAAAUGUUUCAUGUUUUAAACAUUGUGAUGUUUAAAUUAGUUGGCUCUAUUACAGUUGUUAAAUCGUAUUUAUUCUGACCAGUUUGGACUUUAAACGAUUAUUGCAAAUUCUUAAUGUAUAAUUCAUGUUGGGCCUGAAAAUUUGUUUAGUUUGUUGUGCCAGGAGUUUUAGUUUUCCCUUGAACCCAGGGUAGUUUAUCAUCAUUUCUCAUGGUGGCAGUUUGGAUGUUACAGAAAUAGUCUCACUGAUGUGAGUGGAAAUGCACUCUCUUUUGUUUUGGAAUUUCUGUCAUGGUUCACACCUGAAACUCUGACAUGGAAACAGGCUUUAGGUGCAGUCACAUCAUUAACUGACAGACUUCAUUAACAAAGUUAUUUUUGGUUUAUGUUAAUAUUACAGGCAACAGUGAUAGCAAGACUAUUGCUUGCUUUUGGGCAAUUAUGUUGGUUCUAUGUGCAUUCUUAUAGAUAGCAUUGUGGGAAAGUGUCUUAUGAUUUUUAAUGAAACGUUUUUAUUAACAUUAA